AUGGACUUGGUCGAUGUUCCCAAAGCCGUUUCUCACAUUCAAAGUUGUGAAAACCUGGAUGGAGCUUACGGUAUUCGCCCCGGUGCCGAGUCGCACGCUGGCCAGGUGUUUACUUGCAUUGGUGCGUUGGCCAUCGCUGGUCGCUUGGACUUGGUGAACAAGGAUCGACUUGGAGCUUGGCUCAGCGAACGCCAGAUCGAAAGCGGUGGUUUCAAUGGCCGACCAGAAAAACUUGCAGACGCGUGUUACAGCUGGUGGGUUGGAUCAAGCCUUGCUAUGAUUGACCGUCUGCACUGGAUCGAUGGCGAGAAGCUCGCCGCAUUUGUUCUACAAUGUCAGGACCCUGACGCUGGUGGCUUUGCCGAUCGACCCGGAAAUAUGGUGGAUGUCUAUCACACACACUUCAGCCUUGCAGGACUGAGUUUAUUGAAGUUCAAUGGCCUGCAAGAAAUAGAUGCUAUUUAG